AUGGCAUCCAAAUUGACUCUCGACGGCGGUAUCGCCCUUGUGACUGGCGCCGCAAGCGGUAUAGGCAAAGAGACAGCAAUUGCCUUUGCUGAAGCCGGCGCCAAGGGAGUCGUUUUUGCAGAUAUCAAUGACGAGGGCGCGAGAGCGGCCGCCGAAGAGAGCCGCCAGUAUGCCAAGCAUGCUGGCUAUCGAGCACUUGCUAUCAAAGUCGACGUGACGGACGCCAAGAGCGUGCAAGAUUUGGUUGCUUCAGCUGUGAAAGAUUUUGAACGCAUUGACUAUGCCGUCAAUAGUGCAGGCAUUGAUCUAGAGAAUUAUUCGUCUUUCACUCCGGCUGUCGACCUGGAUGCCUUCUCCAAGAUCAGUGACACGAACAUUGCGGGUGCAGUACGAUUUGUUCGCGCUGUAACAGCUGCAAUGGCCCAACAAGAGCCGCUCACGUAUACCGGUCGUCACGGUACGCGGAGCCUUGGCAGGGGCUCUAUCGUCCUCUUGGGCUCCACAAACUCGCUCAUUGGCGCACCGGGAAUGAUUGGCUACACUACAGCAAAGCAUGCCGUUAUUGGCAUUAUGCGGUCUGCAGCUGUCGAUGCUUUGGCCCUCAAGAGCGCCAUUCGCGUCAAUGCUGUCUGCCCUGCCUGGGUAGACACGCCCAUGGUUCAGGUCGCCGCCGAAAAGAACCCAAUGCUCAAAUAUGCUAUUUCAAAUAUCACACCUCUGAAUCGGGCCGCCACUGUUGAUGAAGUGGCCGACUAUAUUGUCUUCGUGUCCAGUCCAUCCGGUAGCUUUAUUAACGGCACCGCUUUGCCUAUUGACGCUGGGCUUACUUUGCCUAGCCCUCCUCCUUUACCACCAUCUUGA